UCCGCGACGGGGCGCGCGGCGAUCUCAUUCAAUCUUCUAACGGUCGGACACUCUGGCGGCAUCAUUAAAUAUGAACUUACACACGGGGCGACGUCUGAAAACCGUGCAAUUUCUGCCCGUUGACAGCUUCUGGACUGGCUCAAAGCGGUGACCCCAGAGGAUCUCUCCUGACAGAUAGGAGCUACGACACUGGGUCGUCAUGGCCGUGGCCUCUACCAUGCCCUCCAGGAUGACCACGAUCUCAAAGUGCCCUGUCGAUCCGCCGUGGAAGGCAGCAGACACACCCUGGUGGUGAACACCCUACCAGCUACCUCCAAGGUACAGCACAGCUGGAGUACGUGAAGUCUGGGAGUGAAACCUAUGAGGACUCCCCAAACCUGAACGCUUUGACCUCAGGCUGGUUUGUUGAAAUAGCCACAGAGCACAAGGAGACCAGGAGAACCACACUGAGCAAUGCUGCCCCCUCCCAUCCCAGUCCCAGGAACAGAGCUCUCCGAGGACACUGCUGAAAACUCCAAAACAAGUUGGAUUGUCUAUAAUAUUAAAGGACGUGUGCAUUUGCAGGCUGUCACAGAUUCGCUAGAGGAUUCAACAACAGUGAUGCAGCAGGAUUUGUAUUAGUUUCAGGUUUUACUGGAUACAGAAGAAAAACAUCUGAACUUCACUGUUCUGCUGAGCGCAGUCAGGAAGAAGAAGCCAAAAAGUCAAUCCAUCAGUCAUCAUCUUAAUCCCACCCACCACCACUUUCUGCAGUAAAAUAUCACGUCUGACAUGACCCCCCUCCAGGUAUUUGAGUACACAGGGCCAGAAGAACAGACUCUUUGGCUGGAGGAAUGGUGAUGUGCAAGUAGAUGCAUCUGCAGCAGCAGUAGCAGUCAAAUGGCAAACAUAGCAGCCGAGUUAUGGGUAUAGGGGUAUGUUUUUCUGUCUAAUAACUGCCCGUUAUAUGCCUUUAUCUAGGUCUACCUGAUGUGUGAGCAGGUGAGAGGUUAGAUGCAGAACAAGCCAGAUAAAAUACCACGGAGAUGUGUUAAUUUAUGGAAAUGAGUUUUAUUGCGUUAAAGCAAUAAAAAGUUGCCAGACUGUAGAAAAUCAGUCCGAACUGUAAUGUAUAUUGCAGUUAUUUGGAUACAAAAUUCAACGCUAUCAGCCGCGCGUUUCUAACUAAUGCUGAUGUGUGAACAAUUAAAUUGGAAUCUUUUCUGUGAAGCGUACCCACAUUUAGGGAGUUAUUGUUACACCACGGCAGUAAGUAGCUGGGGUUUCAGAGUAGCGGGGUGCAGAGUCACCAUCAAUUUGGUAGCUCUUGCUGUCUCCGUGGUGACUGUGUGAUUGGAGGCAAUGAUCAGGAGCGACUCAGAAACGCCACGUUUGGCUCCGCACGACGCCCGGCGAGGCGGUCAGGGAGAGCGCAGCUCAAAAAGCGGCCACAGGCUCCAGAAAGAGGUAGAGAAGAUACGGGAAUCGGGCGGAGUUCUGUAAAUGCUACGGCGUGCCACGACGGUAAAGUAGAUUUAUCACAUGCCGUGAUUUCAUACUGCUUAUUUUUUCCCAAAAGAAGUCCGCGUUUAAAGUCCUCAAUGAGAUCUGGGCGAUAUGAGAAAUCAUUUAAAGUUAACGUUUUUAACCAUUAGUCUUAUAUAAAAGGGCUGCUAUUUCAUGGUAUAGUUAAUCAGUGACGGGCUUUGGAGAAGGGUCCGUGUGAAAAUGAUCCUGCGUUUUAGAAGUAAAGCUAUGCGCGCCUCAGUGACGCACACUUGCGGCUUUCGGUAACGGAAACGGAGGCAUCGGGAGCUUUUAAAGACCAGCCGAGAAAGCAAUGAACGCAUCUCAUGUGAACCAUACCGCCACGACCUGGAAAGCGGAGUCUGUCAUAAUUUCCCUGGUCUUCUCGCUCAUCUUCUUAGUCGGUACGGUGGGGAACUCGCUGGUGCUGGCCGUUCUUCUCCGAAACGGCCAGAUGAACACCAAGACCACCAACUUGUUCAUCCUGAAUCUCGGAGUGGCGGACCUUUGCUUCAUCGUUUUUUGCGUGCCUUUCCAAGCCACCAUCUACACCAUGGACGAAUGGGUCUUCGGCUCCUUUCUAUGCAAAGCGGUGCACUUCUUAAUAUACCUUACCAUGUACGCCAGCGUCUUCACGCUGGCCGCGGUGUCUCUGGACAGGUAUCUGGCCAUCAGGUAUCCCCUCCGAUCAAGGGAGCUCAGGACCCCGCGGAACGCCGUCCUGUCCAUUAGCUGCGUAUGGGGCCUCUCACUGGUCUUCUCGGGCCCCUACCUCAGCUACUACCAGCAGAUGGUGCUAAACGGCAGCGUGGUCUGCAUCCCCGUGUGGGGGCCCCGGGACAGGCGGGCCAUGGACGUCUGCACCUUCAUCUUUGGCUACCUGGUGCCCGUCUGUGUCCUGGGCCUGACGUACGCCUGCACCAUCCGCCACCUGUGGACGGCCGUGGACCCGCUGGAGGACGCCGGCGAAUCCCGUCGCGGCAAGCGCAAGGUCACCAAGAUGAUCGUCGUGGUGGCGACCCUUUUCUGCCUCUGCUGGCUGCCGCAUCACCUGGUCAUCCUGUGCAUGUGGUCGGGCCGCUUCCCGCUCAACCAGGCCACCUACGCCCUACGCAUCCUCUCCCACCUGGUGGCCUACGCAAACUCCUGCCUCAACCCCGUCGUCUACGCCCUGGUGUCCCGCCACUUCCGCAAGGGCUUCCGCAAGGCCUUCAGCUGCCCCGUGCUGCGGCGUGGAAGGGUGGCGGGCCGUGUGCACGCAGUGCCGCCUGCGCACACUGCCAGUGUGGCAGAGCAGGCCACCGUGGAGGUCUCCCAGGCCCAGCAGGGUGUCCCCGGCUCCGGACCCUGGGCUUCAGUGGACCGCUCCAGCUGCCAGGUUAAGGCAAGCAGCACCUUUUUGACCUUCAAUGUGACAUAGUCACUCUCGUACCCACUCCACCCUCGUCUCUAGGUUCCUGCCGCUUUUGGAGUAUGCCGGACCUGAACACAAAGAGGGUUUGUUCUCCUUUAGUUACAGAUCAUUAGAGGAGAGACUUUGCCUGACAGGGGGGCUUUGAUGUUUGCUGUGUGUUUGCUUUGUGAUUCUUCUUUGUACUUGCCGGGGGGGCUGUUUCCAUUGGUAGAGUGCAUUGUACUUUACUCCACGAUGAAGUGGAAACCAGCUUAGAAGCACACUCACACACAUUUAGGGUGAUUAACACGGUGUCCCAGCAUCCCGCUGCCUCUACACCGACAUUAGAGCCCGGCAGCCAUGUUUUUCCCAGACCACCUGUCCUUAGCAAAAGGACAGGACUAUCGACAAAAACAAAACACGGGCAAUUUAACGCUCAUUUACCGCUGUCAGCAGUGCUCAGUGCACCUGCGUCAUAUCGAUUAGCUUCUGGAAAGAAGGAGCACAAACCAGAAAAAGACAAACAAGAAAAGAUGAUUCUGGUAAAACUGAAAUGUAGUGCCGUUCACUGCUGAUUAAGCUGGAUACACAAGCGGCUUCAGCAAAAUGUAUUUAAUCUGUAAAAUGAUCUCACCUCUCGUGUCAUCUUUUAACAGCAAGAGGCUGUCAUCACCCUACCUUUGACUCUAGUGAAUUUCCAGGAUUGUAUUAAAGGUUAAAUGACUUUGUGGACCUGUACACCUUGGCAGUUUGUAGUAGAUUGCCCAUUGGCAGUCAGUUCUGUGAUUUUGUGUGUUUUGUUCAUAUGAGAAUGGUUUCAUUUUCAAAAGAAUAUUUGGUAACUCUACUUAAAGCUGCCAUCUAUAGUGCACUUCAUAGUGCAUUAUAAAGGUUGGUAUACGAAUUAAUAAAGCAUUAUAGCAUCUUCUAUUGAGAGUUAUAAGGCAUUAUAAUGUUGAUUAUAAUACUAAAUAAGCUCCAAUGAAAUUCACUAUUAAUACCUUCAUAAUGCAUUGUAAUGAUUGGUAUAAGAAUUAGGGAUGCUCUGUACUGCAUUAUGAAGGUAUCUAUAGUGCAUUAUAAACGAGAGCUUCAUAAAGUACUGUAUUCAUAAUGCAUAAUAAACAAGGCUAUAAUGUCUUAUGCCUUUUUAUAAAUAUUUAUAGCCAUGUUUAUAAUGCUCUAUGAAUGCAUUAUAACGUGAUAUACAUUCUUAUACACAUGGCAUUCACAGAAAGUCUUACCGAAUAUCUUUGUUUUGUCAUGCCCGUUUUUAGAUUGAGUGAACCGUAUUAACUGUUCAGUUCUGUGGCUCACAAAUAAAUUCUCAGUUUGGUGUGUCUGC